AUGUCCCGCCUCUUCCCCCACGCCGACUACGCCGAGGACCAGCCGCUCCACCGCACCAUCCUGGCCACCCACGUGGCCGCCCGCGCCGCCACCACCGGCACCCUCGCCGGCGCGGCCGUGCUCAGCGCACGCGCCCUGCUGCCAAAGAGAGCCGCCACACCGACGACAAAGACACCAGCACCCGCCGCGACUGCCGCCGCGCUGAGGCUCCUGCGCGCCUCGGGCUCGGGUGUUGCGUGGGCCACGGCGCUGGCGGGGCUGUACCUCGGGGCGUCCAUGGCGCGGUGGGAGCCGAUCGAGUACCUCGAGACGGACGACUGGACCGUGGCGGGGACCGCGGCGGGCGUCGCGGCGGCCACGGCGGUGGCCUCGUCUGGCGGCGGCGGCGUCAGGGCUGGGGUGCGGCUGCUGGGCUGGAGGGGCCUGCUCGGCGCGGCCGGGUCGGGUAGCGUGGUCGGCAUGGUCGGCUAUCUGGGCUGGAGGUACGGGGUUAAAAAGGGGCAGCGGGAGGCUGUGGCGCUGUGA